AUGAAUAAUAAUGAUUUUUCAACAUUAAGCAAUAACCACCAUAUACACCAAACAAAUAAUAAUACAAAUAAUAUAAAUAAUUUAAACUCUUCAAAUAACAGUAUUAUUAUUGAUUCACCUCCAAUUGAAUCACCACCCCAUAAUAUUAUAUUAAAUAAUAAUACAAAUAAUAAUAAUACACACAGUAAUAAUAAUAAUAAUAAUAUUAAUUUGAGAGUACAUAAUAAUUUAUCAAAUUACCUAAAUAAUAAUAGUAAUAUUAAUAAUAGUAAUAAUAGUAAUAACUCUAUAUUUUUUAGAAAUUCUAUUUUAAGUUAUUCAUCCAACAACAACAACAACAAUAAUAAUACCCACAGUAAUAACAAUAAUAAUUUAAUAGAGCCUAUUAAUAUUGAACAUAAUUCAUCUCAACAAAAUAAUAGUGGUUAUUCAACACAAAUAAAUUAUAAUAGUUCACAAAAUAAUCUAUUAAGUUUUCAUCAAAAUAAUAACAAUAUUAAUAAUAGCCAGGAUUUUCCAUUUCCAAGUUAUAAUUCUGGUCCCAGUAGAUUUUUUCAACAUAAACAAAAAAAUUCAUUUUAUAGCAAUAACCAAAACAAUAAUUAUAAUAGAAAAAGAUGCAGUAAUGUUUUAUCAAAUUCAUUUAAUAAUAUAUUAAAUAAUUCAAUGGGUCUUCAAAAUAGUAACAGUAGUGGCACACAUAGUAACAAUAAUAAUAGUAAUCACAAUAACCAUAAUAAUCAUAAUAAUCAUAAUAAUGAUGAAAUGGGUGGAGGUAUUGGAGACAAUUAUUUAAACAAAAAUAAUAAUAUAUUAUCACAAACUACAACAAUAGUACCAAAUCAAUCAUAUAAUAAUAUUUCAAAAAAGAAAAGAGAUUUUGAACAAACUUUUUCAAAAGAUGAAUGGGAAGAUUAUCCACCACCUUUAAAAUAUUAUCAACUUUUUAAUUAUUUAAAAAAUGAUAUUACAAAUACCUUUACAUUUAAAGUUAAGAGAACAGAUAAAAAUAUUCAGUUUUCGGAUUUAGAUAGUGCAUGGAUUCUUUACAGACAAAAUAGAUUUCAGGUAGAUUGCGAUAUAGUUGGGUCAUUAGAAUCAUGGAGUAACAGCGAAAAAAAUAAUUUAUUAUAUGUCAAUAACCAAGAUGGCGGUUUAUCAGAAGUUACAGGCUUGUUUUUUACAUUAUACGUUUUAAAAUUUUCAAAUUCUUCUUCUAUUGUAUCCAGUAAUGACCAAAAUGACCGUGUACCAAUUCAUCAAUUAGGAGGUGCCACAGGUAAAAAAGAUCGUUUGGCUGUUGAGCCAUCGCCUGUUGUAAAAGGUAGAGGUUGUUGGAGUAAAUUACAAUUUGGUUCAGCCACUUCAAACAAUGCUAGAGUUCAUCCAGACCAACCAAAUCCACACCAACAGUUCUUUAGAGUUGUUAUCACCUUAAAUGCAAUAGUUGAUAGAAAUUUAGAUAAUGCAAAUAGUAAUAGUCAUCAAGCUUGUCAAUUUUUCCCAAUCCAAUCCAAAAUUUCACCACCAAUGAUUGUUAGAGGUCAAAACCCUGGUCGUUUUUUAAAUCAUGAUAAAUCAUUAAAAAAAGAUCCAAGCUCUUCACCAAAUAGUGGUAAAUCAAACCAGAGCCAAAAUAAUGGUGGCAGUGGUAAUAUAAAUAACAGUAAAAGCAGUAGUGGAAGUAAUAGUACUAGUGGAAGUAAUAAUAGUAAUGGCAAUAGUAAUAAAUAUCAAAAAAAUAGUUUGAAUCAAUCAACAUCUUCAAGUGACGACGAUAAACAACAACCAACCCCAUCACCACCAUCAUCAUUAUCAUUAAAUGAUAAUUCACCACCACAAAUCCAAAUAAAUAAUGAAACAAUUCUAACACAACAAGAUAGUUUACAAAAUUUAUUAGAUUUUAAUAAUACAAACACUACCACAACUACAAACUCUUAUCAAGAUCCAUUAUCAUUUGUUUUAGACAUGGAUGCUACAAAAACAACAGCUACUCUUAUCGAUCAAACCUCAAUAGAUAUUAAUAAUAUUUUACAACAACAACAGCAAUUACAACAACAGAUUAAUUUAACAAACAAUGUCGUAGCAACAACAAUAAAUAGUAAUGAUAAAAUAAUAAUUGAUGAUACUUCUAACCCAUUUCAAUAUUUAAAUAACCCAUUAACAAAUUCAACAAUCCAACCAAAUUUAUUUUUAAAUAAUCCAGCAACAACAUUAUCACAACAUACCCAACAAGGUCAACAACCAAUUAGAUCACAACAUCAACAUCAACAACAUCAACAACAGCAACAACAGCAACAACAACAACAACAACAACAACAACCAAUUAAUCUAAAUAGUUUGGUCUCAACACCAAUAAUUUUAACAGAACCACAACAAAACCAGAAUAAUUUAUUAGGUCAAAAUAAUAAAGUUUCAAAAUGGAAUAAAAACCCAUUUUUACCAGACUCAAUUUAUACCAAUAAUAAAGUUGGUAUAAAUACAACUACCCCCUCACAAGCUUUAACAGUAAAUGGUAAUAUUAUGGUAACUGGCGAGCUUUUUAAACCAUCAGAUAAAAGAAUCAAGUCCAACAUCAAACGAGACACUACAAAUCAUUGGGAUAAAAUCAAUCGUUUAAAACUUUAUGACUAUGACCGUAAAAAAAUGAUGGGAUACGAUGAUCCAAAUACCUCACCAAACUCAAAUAUUGUUAAGGAGAAAGGUUUUUUAGCACAAGAGGUUAGAGAUGUUAUGCCAAAUGCUGUAAAAGUAGCUGGCGAAGUUAAAUUACAAGAUGGCAGUGUUAUUCCAAAUCUUUUAGUCGUUAAUGAUAGAGCCUUAUUAUUGGAAAAUAUUGGCGCAACUCAACAAAUUGGUAGAACCCUUAAGAGAGAACAAGAUCAUAUUGUCGAUUUAGACCGUGAUCUUGAUAGAGCCAAGUUAGAAGGUAAAAGAGAAAACUACGCAAUUUUAACAAGAAUGCAAGAUUUAGUUAACUUUAUGCACUCUGAAGAAACCGAUCGUCUAAAUUCAGAAGAGUCAUGCGUUUAUUGUAGUUUAAUGGGUUUGGGUCCAGCUUGGACAAUGUAUAUUUUUGGCUUCUUUUUACCAUUUUGUUGGCUUAUUGGUAGUUUCUUUUUAUUCUCACCAACUCGUGUAAAAUGGGUCAGUGGUUUGGUCAAUUUUAUUUCAUUUGUUGUUUUUACUGUUGCCACGACCCUUAUAUCAUUCUACGUUCCCGAGUAUGCUUUUGCUAUUAUGAUUCCAUCAUUGUUCUUCAUGGGUAUAAUGACAAUUAUAUUGGUUGGCUUCUUUAGACAGAGAAAUAGAGAAAAGAAACGUUAUCUCCGUGAGCGUUUGAAACUAAUGAGAGCCGAUGGUUAUAAGAAUUUGGUUGAUCAUGUGGAUUCUCUUAGAAAUGAUUACAAUACCUCAAAACAAAAAGCUAGAGUUUUAAAAAAAAAGAAAAGAGUUGUAGUCAAUGAUAACUAUUAUAUGGAUAAUACCAAUAACAAAGCCCACUCAACCAUUGAAAUGGAAGAUAUUAAAAGCAAUGUUAGUAAAGAAGAUUUAAAGAACUCAUUUGUUGAGGACUUUAAGAAAUCUUCCUCCUCAAACCAUAAAAACUUCCAAGAGAUUCCAUUACAAGAAAUUAUCCAAAAUAUUGGUAUCAAGGGCAAAAAGAACUCUACUUUAAAAAGUAAAUCAAGAUCAGCUUCAAUUUCCUCAUUAAAUAACUCUUUUAAAAAUAAUAAUUAUUUAUCAAAUUCAAUACAACCAUCACAACAAUCAAUUAUUUCUAACCAACAAUCAAUUAUUUCUAACCAACAAUCAAUUGUUUCCAAUUCCUGUCAACAGCAAGACUACCAAGCUUCAAUUUUUUAUCUCCAUUUCAUAACCAAUCAAUUGUUCCUUUUGUAUUGA